GCGCGCUUUGCCAGGCGAAUGCGCCGUAAAGCGAGAGCGACUGCCGGACAAAACGGCGGAUUUCAAUAAGCGCGUUUGGGUUGAAUAAACAAACAAACAAACAAACAAACACAAACAAACCCCUUCGGUUUAGAGACGGUGACCGCCUGCCUGUUCCGCUUGGACCGAGGGGCUAGAGGAGGAGACGGGGGGGAUCAGGGGAGGAGGAGGAGGGACAGGAUAAUGAGCUAUUCUUGUACCAGCGCAGGCACCAGCCAGGACGCAUCGAGCUGUAAUAAGAAGUGCGGCGGCGGCGUUAAUCCCGCCAGUCGCAGCGGCACCGGACACGUCGAGCUCAAUCCCAGUCCCAGCGACGGCGAGUCGAGCUCGAACCCUGAACCCGAGGAGGCCAUGAAAGUCAAGAAGGGCUGCAACACCACGGACGUGGGAGUCCCCGUCACCACCGAGGAGGACCUGCUGGCCAACACCAUCAUCACCCCGGAGGACGUGCUGGGAUUGCAGAAGAUCACGGAAAACUACUUGUGCAGUCCAGAGGACAACGUAUACAACAUUGACUUCACGCGGUUUAAGAUAAGGGACAUGGAGACGGGGACAGUGCUGUUUGAGAUUACAAAGCCUCCAGUAACAGACAAAAGUGGAGAGAAACUAGACAUCGACCCCAGUGCUGGACGAUUCGUGCGAUACCAGUUCACUCCAGCAUUUCUACGCCUACGUCAGGUUGGAGCCACUGUCGAGUUCACAGUGGGCGACAUUCCCAUCAAUAACUUCCGCAUGAUCGAGAGGCAUUACUUCCGCGAUCAGCUGCUGAAGAGCUUUGACUUCGAGUUCGGCUUCUGCAUCCCUAGCAGCAAGAACACCUGCGAGCACAUCUACGAGUUCCCGCCACUCUCGGAGGAGAUCAUGCGCGAGAUGAUCCUGCACCCCUACGAGACGCAGUCUGACAGCUUCUACUUUGUGGACAACAAGUUAGUCAUGCAUAACAAAGCAGACUACUCUUACAGCGGCGGUCCUUAAGACGGAGCUGACCUGGAUGGUUUGACGGGUUCGGCUGAACGGACGAAUGCCCAGCCCACGUGCGUCUGUGUGCACCAAUCUCUCUGUCCCUGAGUUUGUGUCAUUGACAUGUGGUGAUGCCUGUCUGUGUGAGACCAAUGAUUAGAUGACCAUGACAUUUCACACGUAUAUACAUAUCAAAAAUGUGUUUAAGAUUUUUUUUUUUUUUUUUCACAACACACCAGCAAAACUACUGUUUAUUCGGUAAAUUAAUCCUAAUAUUAGUGAAUAUUCUUUUUUUGGGACAGGUGGAUUUAAAUUCUACAGAUAUUUACUGUAUAUGGCCAAAUAUGGCAAUGGUGCUGGGUGGUAAAGGUUAUGAUUAGGGCUAUAUGCUUGACUGGUCCACUGUGUGUGUGUGUGUGUGUGUGUGUGUGUGUGUGUGUGUGUGUGUGUGUGAGUGUGUGUGUGUGAGUGAGAGGGUGAGAGAGAGAGAGAGAGAGCGAGAUUGGGUAAUGUUUUAUGCUGUGAGACUGACUACUGAUUGUUUAAGGGAGUGUGCAUUUGAGCGUGCGCGGCACUCUUACAUAUCGAUUCACAAACACAGAUUCGCUUCGAUCAUCACUUUCUCAGAGUGAGAUUUAAUGUUUGAAACUUAAAGAAUACAAUAGUAGAGCAUUGCUUCUUCUCCUCCUUCUUGUUCUUGUUCUUCUUCUCCUUCUCCUCCUUCUCUUUCCUCUCCUUCUUCUUCUUGGUCUUGUUCUUGUUCUUCUUCUUCUCCUUCUUCUCCUUCUUCUCCUCCUUCUUCUCCUUCUCCUUCUUCUUCUCCUUCUCCUUCUUCUUCUCCUUCUUCUUCUGCUUCUUCUCCUUCUUCUUCUCCUUCUUCUUCUCCUUCUCCUUCUUCUUCUUCUUCUUCUUCUUCUCCUUCUUCUUUUCCUUCUCCUUCUUCUCCUUCUUCUCCUUCUUCUUCUCCUUCUCCCUUUUCUUCUUCUUCUCCUUCUUCUUCUCCUUCUCCCUUUUCUUCUUCUUCUCCUUCUUCUUCUCCUUCAUCUCCUUCUCCCUUUUCUUCUUCUUCUCCUUCUUCUCCUCUUCUUCUUCUUCUUCACAUGUUGUUAUUUAUAUGGCGAGAUAAUAUUGUCACUGCACAUCUUUUCAUAUACAGUAUGAUCACAUUUUAUGAACGCACAUGUUCCCCCGAGACAACGAUACAUUAUUGCGUUAUUGCAGUCUACCAACUUCAUCAGCACAAUGGAAACCUCUUAUCAUUUGAUCUCAUAAAAUGUUUGUGCAAUGUUCUUGCUCAUGUCUGCUUUGUAUCAAGAUUUUUCAACAAGGAAAUAGUUCAUAAAGAUAAAAUA